AUGGGAAGCACCAUUAGUAUUGGUGAUAUCAGUGUAAAGAAAUAUUAUAAAAAAAAAAAAAACCGUACAAAUUUAUCAUUUUUGUCAUCUUCUUCAUCUUCUGAUGAUAAAUCUUUGUGUUCAUCUAAAAGCUCGGAUGGGAUUAAUGUUUAUAUAGAUGGCAGAAGAUAUCUUGAAAGUUCAAAAUAUUCUUUACCGAACGAUGAUGAAGAGAUUGAUAGAAUGCACAUGCAACAUUAUAUAUCAAGAUUUAUUUGGCAAAAAAAUUUUUGUUCUCCUUUAGAUGAUUUGCUAAGAUACGGUGGUGCAAAAGUUUUAGAUGUUGGGUGCGGUGCCGGGACAUUUUUGCUUGAGAUGGGACAUGAUUAUCCCGAAUCAGAAUUCCUAGGAAUUGAUAUUUCGCCAAUACUCAAAGGUUUAUUUUCAUCUUAUAAUGAUUUAAUAAAUAUUAAUCAUAAUAUUAAAUUACUUCCAAUGGGUACAUGGAAUGGUGAUGGGGUGGGUAAAAUCAUGGCGGAAGAUUUGGUUUUAUUGGCAAAAGCUUUUGGUCCUAUAUUGUUACUCUCUUGGGGUAUAACUUCCGAGCAAUAUAAUUAUUUAGUUGAUAAUUUAACUAAUGAAUUGGACGAAUACAAAACUUAUUCUAACAUUCAUGAAGGUUGUUUUAUAUCAUCUGCUAAUUUAGCAUGGCUUGAUGUAAAAACAGCUUUAAUAAAUGAAAAAUUUGCUCCAGAAAUUUUACCUAUUGAGCCAGCUUUAGAUAAUUUAUAUGUUGAAUUAAAUAAUCAAAUGGAAUCAGCUCUUAAUAAUUUUAGAAAUGCAAAAAGUGAAAGCUCUUAUAUAGGUUUCAUGUUGCUUGCAGAUGUUGAACGUAUGAAAUAUAUAAUACAAAAAUAUACAAUGAUACGAAUAAGCAAAAUUGAAAAACAAUUAGAAUUAAUAUUAAACACACCAGUGUAUUUACAAAGAUUGUCUGAUGCAGAAUCAGUAUUUGCUAACAAUUACAAAAAACUUAUUAAACAGUUUGAAAAGGAUGCAUUUUUAGAUGAUAUAAAUGAUAUAGGUGAUGAUGAAAUUGAAAGGGUGGAAGAGGAAAAUAGUAUUGAAGAAUCUGAAGAUAUAGAUUUAUUAUCAAGUCAAUUGGAUCUUCAGAAAACAAUAUUUUGUCGUGCUAUAAGAAUGGUUCAUGAAAACCAACUUCCUAAAAGUGAUGGAGAAAAUUAUUUUUUGGAUAGAAUGUCACCAAAUGAAAUAUAUUUAUUAAGAUAUUCUGAAAUCAAACAGUUAUUAUUAGAAGGUUAUGUGGAACUUAUAUAA